AUGGUUGGUUUAACUCUACUUGCGAAACUCAACCGAAUUAUAUGUGCUGCAAAACAUACCGAUCCUCAAGUUCCAUUUGGUGGUGUAAAUGUCAUCUUCUUCGGCGAUUAUUUACAAUAUCGACCUGUAUAUGAUGUACCUCUACAUACAGAUUUCACUUUACCGGUUAAAAGUAAAUCAAACAAGAUAGCAACUGAAAAACAAAUUCAACAACGUGUUGCACGUUCUUUAAUUCUUCAAAUCAAUUGUGUGGUCAAACUUACUCAACAGAUGAGAACAGAAGAUCUACGUUAUCUUCAGCUACUCGAACGACUUCGUCAUGGAGAAUGUAACUACGAUGACUACGAAUUAUUGUUAACACGAAUAGUGGGGCAAUCUUCCGUACCCUUGUUAAGUGAUUCACCAUGGAAUAAAGCUCCGAUUCUCGUAUUUCGUAACGAAAUACGAACACAAUUAAACCACAAGGCAGUUAGUCACAAAGCACAACAAAUGGGACAAACACCAAUACUUGUCUACCAGGAAGAUUCGGUGUCAACUGAUAUUAUUUCGGAAGAAUUUUCCAAGAAUGCGCGAUAUGUUUAUCGACCUUUAUACGCCUUGGUGGAAAUUAGCAAAUCAAAGAUUGAAUGUAAUUUAGAACAACUUCAGUCAAAGCUGAUUCCAAUACCGGUAAUGGAACAAACAUUUCGAGUCGAUAUAGGCGAUACGCUUCCAAAAGAUACGAAGCCAAAAUCAAAUAGAAAAACAUUGUUAUCUAUUAAACGGCGCGCAUUACCACUUGUACCAGCUUAUUGCAUUACAACACACAAGAGUCAAGGUCAAACAUUAAAUAAAGUUGUGGUUGAUUUAAAACUGCCAAAUGAAACCGAUGAUAUUGCUGCAGCCUAUGUACCCUUGUCGCGGGUAAAGCUCUUAACUGAUGUGGUUAUUUUGCGAUAUUUUGAUUACAAGGUGUUGUUGAUUAAACCCAGCAAGUCACAACUGACAGAAAUUGGACGACUCGAUAAACUAUAUUUAGAGACUCAAACACGUUUUCCAGAAUGGUUGUAA